AUGACGCUGUGGGGCAGCAACAACAAGGACCACGACGAGCAGCCCAACGGAGACGACACCAACAUGGCUCGAAGCUCAGAGGACAGACCCACGGAGAGAGACCGACUGCUUCCGGAGCAGAACAACCGCCGUUCGGAUGGCUACUUGGAUCCUGAUGACCCGGCGGUCUCCCCCUACAACCUCUUCGCCGUCCGCGCCGCCCGCGGCUUCACCGUCCUCGUCCUCGCCAUCUCCUUCAUCUGGUGGGUCCUGCUCUUCGUGAGCAUCUUCAUCUCGCCCCCGGGACUACACACGCGCGGCUCGGGCUUCACCGACUUUGCCUUUACCACCUUGACCACUGGCCUGCUUCUGUUGUCGCUGCUCUUCUUCUCCGCGCCGAGCUUGGCUAUGCGAGUCUGCCAGAGCACGAUUGCGGUUCUGCUGCUGGUGGAUCUGAUCAUUAUCGUUGCUGUGCCGCGGAUCAGAGCGGAGGAGGGACCGCCAGGUAUUGCGUCUGUCACUUGGACUACGCUUAUGGCUGGAUGGUGCGUCUUUACUGAUCGCCUGGUCGCUUGGGGCAAGAAGGAGGAAGAGGAGCGUCUGACCGGACGCCCGGAGACGAGGAGGACGCUCAAGCAGUGGCUGGCUGUGUUGGCGGCGACGAUCUUCCUCGUCAUCUACAUCAUCAUCACCAUCCUCAUCACCGCCACCCUCGUCCUCCGCUCCCGCGACGCUUCGCUCCAACCGGAAGGCCAACGCUACAGCGUCGACGACGGCAAAUACAAAGUCCACCUCGCCUGCAUCGGCGACUCGCCCUCCUCCUCCAACAAAAACUCCUCCACGCCCACCGCCACCAUCCUGCUCGAAUCCGCCGAGAUGCCCCUCGAAUACGACCUCGAGCACUGGGCCUACGCGGCCUGGAACAACGGCACCAUCGACCGCUACUGCUACUGGGACCGCCCGGGCUACGCCUGGUCCGACAACGCGCCCUCCCCGCACUCGGCCGGCAUGUCCGCCGACAACCUCGCCGACGCCCUCGCGCAAGCCGGCGAGCAAGGCCCCUUCAUCCUCGUCUCCGCGGGUUACGGCAGCAUCGUCUCCCGCAUCUUCUCCUCGCGCAACUACAAGAAAGUUUCUGGAAUCAUGCUCAUCGACCCCCUGCCCGAAUCCCACCUCUCCCAAAUCGGCUCCCCGACGCGCGGAUUCUUACUCUGGGCCUACGGCAUCAUCUCCCCGCUGGGGAUCCGCCGCAUCCUCGGCGCCCUCUUCGCCGGCCGCACGCGCGAAGACCGCGUGUAUGGCGUCGACGCGGAUCAAACAGGAAAACUGCUCAAAGCGAAGUUGCAAGAGAACCUCGUCGCGCAAUCCUUGACAAAAAGCGAGAUCUCGACUUCCCGGUCCAUCCAAACCCCCGACACGCCUUUGGUGGUGGUGAGUUCCGGCAUCGAAACCGGGCGGAGCGAGGAUUGGGGACGCGGGCAGAAGGAGGCGACGGGGAUUACGGAGAAUUUGGUGAGCUGGGAUGUGGUGAAUAAGGCGCCGCAUUUUGUGUGGGAGACGUUGGCGGGGCGGACGGUGAUGGAGAAGAGGUUGGGGCAGUUGGUGAAGGCUGCUGCGAAGAUGCCGACGCUUCAUGUGGGAGAGUCGUGA